AUGCAUGGCCCACCCUCGACAAGCAAACAGAAGCACCGUGGCUUCGAGUUUCUUGAACCAUACCGGUGUACAGCGCGCGCGCAGCAUUCGGCUGGGGCAUGCCGGAGCGCAUCCGGAGUGUUUGCUAGCUUUGCUAGCCUCGCGCGACACUUUCCCACCCCACAAAAAGUGACGAUGCAAGCAGACGCCUUGUGUAAUGCGGGCCAUCCGAUUGGGGAAAGACGGGCAGUUCCCCUAGCCAAUCACGGGCGCGUCGCGUGCGUUGUCCACACCGAGCAGCGAUGGGCGGCGCCGGCUCGUGAAACAUGCAUCCCAGCAGCUUUCCAGAACGAGGCGCGACGACAGAGCCGUUUCGCAUGCGUGGAUCGCGCAGUGGUGAGAGAGGCGCAUCGCAUGUCCGCACUGCGCGCUGAAGCUUUUCGUGAAAGUUCGCCGAUAUCGACCGUCGCCGUCGUAUAA